GGAACAACAACACCAACACGGCGACAUCAGAUCGUCCCUCCUCCCCGACGAGUCGACUCGCUGCUUCGAGACAAGCAUCGCGGAAUCAACGUGUGCGCAUCAGCGUAUGCGCAACAGCACACGCCAAGCAGAGAAAACAACCGACAGCAAAUCUGUAGUAACGGUUCACCAGUCAAGGCCCAGGGUUGCUUUCCCUCGGUACGACUGAUAACCUGCCCCUGGCUUUCCCCCAGAAAAAGGGGGGUUUAGUUGUAUCGCAGAAACGCUUUGAUCGUGGAAGCAUGGCAGAAGCUACAGAACUAGAAACCUUUACCUCUAUCAUGGACGCGCUGGUUCGCAUUAGUUCCAACAUGAAGAGUAUGGAACAGGAGCUGCAUUGCCCGGUGUGUGAUGAGAUGGCGAAGCAGCCCAUCCUUCUGCCAUGCCAGCAUAGUGUGUGUCUGCUGUGUGCGGCUGAGGUAUUGGUUCAAAGAGGUUAUCCUCCUCCAGACCUCCCUCCAGAGCCCAACUCGCCUGCCUCCACGCCCAACACCCGCUCCCCACGGCAGGCACGAAGACCCACGCCCAGGACUCCUGACCGCCUGGAACGGGUCCUCAGAACAGUGUGCGGGACAUACCCAGGGCGUAGGCGGAAGGACACGGCCCCUCCCCCCAUGUUGUUCCCCUGCCCUUCCUGUCAGCAGGACGUGGAGCUCGGAGAGAAAGGCCUGACAGACUGCCUCCGCAACCUCACACUGGAGCGGAUUGUGGAGAGGUACAGGCACACAGUAAGUCUGGGCACAGCAGCUAUCAUGUGUGGUUUCUGUAAGCCUCCCCAGUCUCUGGAGGCCACAAAGGGCUGCGCUGACUGCAAGUCCAACUUCUGCAAUGAGUGUUUCAAACUCUACCACCCCUGGGGAACCCCUCGAGCUCAGCAUGAACACAUUCUACCCACCAACAACUUUCGACCAAAGGUCCUAACGUGCACAGAGCAUGAGCAGGAGAGACUGCAGUGGUACUGCCGUAACUGCCAGAGGUUACUGUGCCCACUUUGUAAGCUCCGUCGUGUCCACCAUGGACACAAAGUGUUGCCUAUAGCACAGGCCUACCAGGCCCUCAAGGACAAGGUUACCAAGGAAGUCAACUUCAUCCUGGCCAACCAGGAGACAAUACAGAGUCAGAUCACUCAACUGGAAGCUGCCAUCAAGCAGAUGGAGGCGAACAGCUCAGUGGCUCUGCAGCAGCUGACCCACUGUAUCCGAGAGCUGGGUGCGGCUGUAGCAGAGCGUCAGGGGGCUUUGGCUCUGGCCCUGGAGGGAUCCCGCAGCAGGAAGGAGGAGGCCCUGUCUGCUCAGGUCUCAGAGAGGCGAGGCCUGCUGGAGCAUGCGGGUCUGAUGGCCUACACACAAGAGUUGCUCAAGGAGACCGAUGCACCCUGCUUCGUACAGGCUGCCAGAGUCACUCACAGCAGGCUGGUGAAGGCCAUAGAGAACCUCCAGUGCUUCACUCUCUCUGCUGAUCCCUCCUUCAGACAUUUUCACCUAGACGCAUCCAAAGAGGUCAAGCUCAUCCACAGCUUGGAGUUCAUACGUGCCCCGCUGGCUCCAGUUAUUGACACACAGAAGACACUCGCUUAUGACCAGCUGUUUUUGUGCUGGCGCCUCCCUCAGGACUCGGCCCCAGCAUGGCACUUCUCUGUUGAAUACCAGCGACGAGCAGGAGGAGCUGCUGCGACCUGGGGCGGCACCAGAUCCCCUAAUGCCGCAACAGCAUGGCAGCGUAUGGAUGAAGUGAGAGGGACCAGUGCUGUGGUUGAUCGACUGCAGAUGGACAGUGUGUAUGUGCUCAGGGUGAGAGGCUGCAACAAGGCCGGGUUCGGAGAGUACAGUGAAGAAGUUUACCUCCACACUCCACCAGCAUCUGUGUUGAGUUUCUCCUUGGACUCACGCUGGGGGUUGCACGCUGACAGACUGGCAUUGGGUCGAGGCCAAACCUACGCCCGCAGUGUGCCAGGCCUCUCCCUCCUGCAGGCUGCUGACCGCACCCUCACUUCUUGCCACUUGACUUCUGACCUGCUGGUGGGUGACUUGGCUGUCACUCAGGGCAGACACUACUGGGCAUGCUCUGUGGAGCCUGGUUCCUACCUAGUAAAGGUGGGAGUAGGGCAGGAGACUAAGCUCCAAGAGUGGUUUCAUCUCCCUCAGGACAUGGCCAGCCCUCGCUGUGAUCCGGACAGUGGCCAUGACAGUGGGGCAGAGGACGGCCAGGACUCUCCUCCCUUCUGCUUCCUCACAAUGGGCAUGGGCAAGAUCCUGCUUCCUCAAGGACAUGGUCACAAUCAGAGCCAGGGGGACUGCCAAAGCCAGGGGGCACUGCACUCCCACAGUAGCAGCCACAGUAACCUGCCUCACCCUCAUACUACUCCUCUGCCACCCCGACUAGGAGUGUGUCUGGACUGUGACAAAGGACGUGUCACCUUCUACGAUGCCCACUCGUUGCGGAUCCUGUGGGAGGGACAUGUAGAUUGUUCAGCUCCAGUGUGUCCAGCCUUCUGCUUCAUUGGUGGAGGGGCCCUGCAGCUGCAGGACCUUGUGGCCAAUCGGACCAUAGAGGAGCCACCGCCACGGAGGGUAACUAUCCAAACGCGGGCAACAAAUCUCAGCAAAUAAUUUGUGGUGAGACAGUCAAUACUUGAUUGGACUGUCACUUCUAAAUGUGAUUAGAUUAAUUACUUUCAGUGUGAUUUUUGAGAUCUAACUAUAAAUACCUGAUGUUCUUUUGCUUUUGCACUCUGCCUGAAAAUAUCAAAUCUCUCUUUUGGCUGUAUUUUAUUUUAUUUUUUAAAUAAAUUUUCCUGCUUUCUUUCUCCUGGAUUUUGCAAUCCUCCUAUGGACAGUGAUUUCAGACUAUGCAGAAUUCUGUUGACAGGGUGAGUUAAACACCUUUAUAACGGUUAAAGAAUCUGUUUGCAACGUAAGAAAAAGCAGCAUCCUUUUACACUUGUCUUAAUUUGUCCCAGAAUGAUCGGACAACAGAUGUUGCAUGCAAGUGUAACUAGGAUUCGUAACUUACAUAUAUGCAGAUAACUGUACUUGUAAAAGCACCUCAGAUAUACUGUACGUCUAAUUUUAUAUCUUGACUUUUUUAUGUAGCCUCAACAAGUGAUAAUGAUGUGUGUAAAUAAUUCAGAAUUAGGGAAUGUGAAUAUUCUUCGGAUGUUGAAUCGUAAAGUUCUGCUGGCACAUGUUAGGAUCACGUGUCUUGGUCCCAGUUGCUAUUUCAUAUAGUCGCUGUUUUGCAUUUCAGAACGGACUUGAGUGGUGUUUCGGCUGGGUAAACAUGCUCACAGUUGCCUCAAUGUUUUUAGAUUUCAAGAGAAAUCCAAGUAAAAAAGGUUCUGAGGAAUAAUGUUGUCAUUAUGCUGUUUGACUUAAUAACAUGUGAAUACAUUUCAGUGUUUUACAUUUUGACGAAAGAUAAAAAUGUCAAUGGCCUACUUGUCCAGUAUCACACUGUGGUGUUUGAUUGAUGUGCACAUACAUAUUAAUGAUGUGAUGUUAAAGGAAGUGGAUGGAUGACAAUGUAACAAGUUGAAGUAGGCUAAUCAGAAGAGGUCUAUUUUAUGGACUCGUUUUUUCCCAUAGUGUUUGUUUUUUACUACUGCAACUGACAAUAUCUUGACUAAGCUAAUUUACAUUUAUGUUUGGGGAAUGUAUGAGCCCAGUUAUCUAUCAUGAGAUUGUCUAUAUUGUAAAAUUUUAAAAUUGACUGGCUCUGACUGUAUUUUGAUAUAUAAUGUUUUUUUCUGGCGUAUGUGUGUGUGUGUGUGUAAGCUCUGGCUUUGACUUCCAUGCUUUCCAUUGUGUGUAUCUUGUCUUGAAUGAGAAUAUCUAUUCUCCUUUACUUGUGUUACAGAACAGCACUUGAAUGACUUUAGACUGUAGCAUCCCAAAAAUCCCAAUCUCUUAAUUUAGAUUUUGUCUUUCUGGCAGAAUGUUUCUAUCAUUUCAUGAGAACAACAAUAAAUGACUGUAAGUGUAA